AUGGAAAUUGCAAUACGGAGCUCGAACUCGAGAGUCGAGACCUUUCGCUCUCUUCUAUCCCUCUCUAAAAUUUUCUACUACGAGAAACAGAGAGAAUGGGCGCCUUUGCCGUCCACGAGCCUCCGUCGCUGCUGUCUGCGAGCUGCAGCUGGUUGCUGCUGCCGAGAGAGGCUGCUGCAGCUCGGAUUCUGGGCAGCCGCUUUUGAGAAUCUGAGGAACUGGUCUGAGGCAACCUCUUUCUGCAUUUGGACCGGCAUCACUUGUGGCAAGAAGCAUACAGACAGAGUAGCAGCCAUCAAUCUUUCAAAUAUGGGUUUGGAGGGGAACAUCGCAAAGGAAAUCGGCAACCUCUCAUUUCUAAGAUACAUUGACAUCAGCAACAACAGCAUCAACGGCCUAAUUCCCGGUGAGAUUGGGAACUUGAGACGUCUUCGUGUACUGAGAAUGGCGUUCAAUCAACUCAGUGGGGGCAUUCCCCCGAGCCUUGGAUCAUUGAGGAAGCUGCAGGGUGUGAACCAGACUUUCGAUUUAGGGGGGUCCAAAAAAUUUUUAACGUAA